GGAAGCAAAACAAUGGCAGUGCGCAGACGCAGCAGCAGCAGCAGGCUGAGCUCACGCUGCAGAGUGAAUGACACACAGAGAAACUUUAAAAAACUUUAUUUUAACAAUUUAAAUUUUUUUAAAUAAAUUUUUUUUUCACGGGAACCGGACGACCGGAGCGCGUGAGAGAGAGCACGAGACACAGCGGAGUGCUCGGGAACCUGCAGCUGUUCGACCAACGCGGAAGUAAGAAAUUUUGCCUGCGCUCACCUGAGAAGAAACGUCUUUAUUUACGUUUAUUUGUGUUUAUUUAAGUUUAUUCAUGUUUAUUUAUGUUUAUAUUUCAGACGCAGCAGCUGUUCUGGGUUUAAUUCUCAUAAAAUCUCAUUUAAAUCGUUUAAAGUUUCUCAGAUUUCUCAGGAGGACAGGUGGAAAUUACCGCACAGGUGAGUCAGAUUAUAACCCUAACCCUGGAGACAGUUUGAUUAAAAACUCCGUUUACGAAUAGUCUGGAUUAUUUAGGAUAAAUGUUCACAGGAUAUCAGAAAGAGAAGAAGGAGGAGAAUUAUAUUAUAUUGUAUUAUAUUAUAUUAUAUUAUAUUAUAUCAUAUACAGAUUUAAAAGAACAUUUAUUAGUCAAACAGCUCCUAAUUUAGAUGAAGAUACUUUGUAGAAUCAGCCAGUGUUUGUCUGAUUUACUUAUCUGAAGUCUGAAGUAUUGGGUAUUGUUUCUGUAGCUCAAUUCAGUUAUGUGGAAUAUAAGUUGAUAUUUGAACAUCUGAUUAUUUCAGAACUAUAACUACACUGUAAAAAUAAGCUUCACUAAUAUGUGUAUGUUGUUUGUAUUGUUGUAUUGUUUGUCUUUGUGUUUGUGGUGUGAUGUUUUUUUGUGUCUUUGCACUGAGAUGGAGAGUUAACUGUAUAUAUAGACUCUAGUAAGAAUAGUGAUGGCCCUAGCUGAAGCUGAUGGAGAUCUAAAUAAAUGAAAUUAAAAAGAGCUGAGAGAGAAUAGACUGAACCCUGAGAUGGAUGUUAAAUCACUGAAAUUGUCCUCCUCACACCCUAAAACACGACAGCCUGUAACCUUCACACCCAGACCCUUUAAAACCCGAACCCUUCAACUUUUACCUAGUUAACCUGAAAUCUGAAUAUUUCUGCAGGUUAAUAAGAAACAGAGACAGAAACAAACAGAUGUCUGCGGCUGUUUCUCUCAGACUGUCACAGGUCAUAGACUCUGUUAGGGAUUAAUUAAGACAGGAAGACAUAACAGUUUAACGUAAUCAUCAGUCUGUUUUUAAGAAUUAGCAGAGCAAUAAACUGUUAACACAGAAACUCUCUAAGGUCGCUGCUUCGCUGUCUCUUCACUGUGGCUCCUACAUUUCCCAUGAUGCACCCUGACACUGUGAGACAUGUUUAUUCUUCUUCUCAGUGAUGAAGAGGGGUCAGUUGCUGUCUGUGUUGGUGGGCGGAGUUUUCUGCUUGGCUGUGCUGUCACUUUAUCGUAUGCUGGAGCUGAUGCAAGGGGCGGAGCUUCAGCGCAGCAGGGAGAGACCAGAGGUGAGCGAGGUCAGUAUCAUCAUCAGUGGACUUUCAAAAUAAAAGCUGAAGGCGUCAGAGUGGAAAUGUUUAAUGUUUUUAUCGCCCCACUUGUGUUCAGGAUUUGUCCCGCCUCCAGCAGAAGAUUGACAGGUUGGAGCGUCUCCUAAACAACAACAACCACCUGGUUGCUACGCUACGUGAUUCUCUGCUUCACCGCAAGGCAUCAUGGGAGAGGGAAAAUAGAGAGCAACAGGUCAAUGUGAGCUCAGACUCCGUCCACAGCCAAGCUGACGGGCUGCCAGGCUGCCGAUUGGCUGAAGAGAUUAAAGAUGGAACGAAUGGGGUGCAGGUUAGUUAAUCAUGCUAACAUGUGACAGCUGAAAUAAAUGUUUGAAUAUCUGUGUAUGUCACUAAAAACAUGUUAAAUAUAUGUUAGUGUGUCAGACAGAGGAGACUGUGAUGGUCAUGUGUUUGUGUCAGCGUCUGUCUGUUGUUGUUGAAGCUGAAGAUUUAAAAGUUUUUUAGUCGGAAAUGUCGUCGUCGUCAUCGUUUUCUUCCGCUUCAUCCGGGUCACGGGGGCAGCAGCUUCAGGAGGGAAGCCCAGACGGCCCUCACCCCGGCCACUUCCACCAGCUUCUCCGGGGGGAUUCCCAGGCGCUCCCAGGCCAGGCGAGAGAUAUAAUCCCUCCACCUGGUCCUGGGCCGGCCACGAGGUCUCCUCCCGGUGGGACAUGUCUGGAACACCUCUAACGGGAGGCGUCCAGAAGGCAUCCUAACCAGAUGCCCGAGCCACCUCAGCUGACUCCUCUCGACGUGAAGGAGUAGCGGUUCUACUCUGAGCACCUCCCAAGUGUCUGAGCUCCUUGCCCUAUCUCUAAGGCUGAGCCUGGCCACCCUGCGAAGGAAACCCAUUUCGGCCACUUGUAUCCGCGAUCUUGUUCUUUCGGUCAUUACCCACAGUUCAUGGCCAUAGGUGAGAGUCGGCACGUAGAUCGACCGGUAAAUCGAGAAUUUUGCCUUACGGCUCAGCUCUUUCUUCACCACGACUGAUCGGUUAAGCGUCUGCAUCACUGCUGAUGCCGCUCCGAUCUGCCUGUCGAUCUCCCAUUCCAUCUACCCUCACUUGUGAACAAGAUCCCGAGAUACUUGAACUCCUCCACUUGAGGCAGGACCGCUCCUCCGACCUGGAGAAGGCAAUCUACCUUUUUCCGACUGAGAACCAUGGCCUCGGACUUGGAGGUGCUGAUUCGCAUCCCAGCCGCUUCACAUUUGGCUGCGAACCGCCCCAACAAGAGCUGAAGGUCACUGCUCAACGAAGCUAGAAGCACCACAUCAUCCGCAAAAAGCAGCGACGCGAUUCUCUGCCUGCCGAACUGGACACCCUCCACCCCCCGGCUGCGCCUAGAAAUUCUGUCCAUAAAGGUUAUGAACAGAACCGGUGACAAAGGGCAGCCCUAGCGGAGUCCAACCCUUACUGGAAACAAGUCCGACUUAGAACCAGCUACACGGACCAAGCUCGUGCUCUAAAGGGACUGGAAGGCCCUUAAUAUGGAGCCCUCCACCCCGUACUACCAGAGCACCCCCCACAGGAUUCCCCUAGGGACCCAGUCGUAGGCCUUCUCCAAGUCCACAAAACACAUGUGGACUGGUUGGGCAAACUCCCAUCUCCCCUCAAGAACCCGAGCGAGGGUGAAGAGCUGAUCCGUCGUUCCACUAGCUCGGCGACUUCUACCCCAGUGAUUGGACAGUCCACCUCCAGGUCCCCUGACUCUGUUUCUCCUUGGGAAUGCAUGAGAGUGGGAUUGAGGAGCUCCUCAAAGUAUUCCUUCCACCGCCAGAGAAUUGCCCCAGGUGACGUCAGCAACUCCCCACCCCCGUCUAGAAUGGUGUGGGCAAGUUGCCGUCUGCUGCCCCUGAGGCGCCGGACAGUUUGCCAGAACCUUUUUGGAGCCGACCGAAAGUCUUACUCCAUGGCCUCACCAAACUCCUCCCACGCCCGAGUUUUGCCUCCGCAACUGCCCCGGCUGCGGACCGCUUAGCCAACCGGUACCGUUCAGCUGAUUCCGGAGACCUGAAGGCUAUCCAUGACCUGUAGGCCUCCUUCUUCAGCCUGAUGGCUCCCCUCACCUCUGGUGUCCACCACUGAGUUUGGGGAUUACCGCCACGACCAGCACCAGCGACCUUGCAGCCACAGCUCGCAACUGCUGCUUCGACAAUGGCAGAGCGGAACAAAGCCUAUUCGGACUCAAUGUCCCCCUCUGCCCCCGGGAUGCAGUUGAAGCUCCAUCGGAGGUGGGAGUUGAAAGCCAACCUGACGGGUUCUUCCACCAGGUGUUCCCAACAGACCCUCACAAUACGUUUGGGCCUGCCAGGUCUGCGUGGUGGCCUCCCCCGCCACCUGACCCAUCUCACCACCAGGUAGUGAUCAGUUGACAGCUCUGCACCUCUCUUAACCCGAGUGUCCAAAACAUGUGGCCGCAGGUCAGCUGAUAUGACUAGUCGAUCAUUGACCUACGGCCUACGCCGUCAUGGUGCCAGGAGCACCGAUGAGCAACCUUAUGCUCAAACAUGGUGUUUGUUAUGGACAUACUGCGACUUGCACAGAAGUCCAAAUACUGAACACCACUCGAGUUCAGACCAGGCAGACCGUUCCUCCCAAUCACGCCGCUCCAGGUCUUGCUGUCAUUGGCCACGUGAGUGUUGAAGUCCCCCAGCAGAACAAUGGAGUCCCCAGUCGGGGCGCUGUCAAGCGUCCGUCCUAGGGCCUCCAAAAAGGGUGGGUACUCUGAACUGUUAUUCGGUGCAUACGCACAGACGACAGUCAGGACCCGGAGGCGCAGAGAAGCAACCCUUUCGUCCAGCCGAGAAAACCCCAGCGUCCCCGCAGCAAGCUUUGGGGCGAGCAAGAAACCCACCCCCGCUCUCCGCCUCUCACCCUGAGCAACUCCAGCGUGGAAGAGUGUCCAACUCCUCUCAAGGACUUGGGUUCCAGAACCAAUGCUAUGCGUAGAGGUGAGCCCGACUAUAUCUAGACGGUAGCGCUCAACCUCCCCCACAAGCUCCAGCUCUUUCCCCGCUAGAGAGGUGACGUUCCACGUUCCAAGAGCCAGUUUCCACAACCGAGGAUCAGACCGCCAAGGCCCCCGCCUUGGUCUUCCGCCCAAUCCGUCAAGCACCGGACCCUUCAAGUUCCUCCUGCGGGUGGUGGGUCCACAGGAGGCAGUGCCCAUGUGGCUCGUUCGGGCUGAGCCUGGCCGGGCCCCAUGGGUGCAGGCCCGACCACCAGGCGCUCGCUGGCGAGCCCCAACCCCGGGCCUGGCUCCAGGGUGGGGCCCCGGUGUCCCUCCGGGCCGGGUACUCUGUUUCCCUUUUUUGUAUUCCAUUAGGGUCUUCUGAACUGUUCUUAGUCUGACCCUUUGCCUAGGACCAAUCUGCCUUGGGAGACCCUACCAGGGGCAAAAAGCCCCGGACAGCAUAGCCCCUAGGUUCAUUAGAGCACGCAAACUCCUCCACCACGGUAAGGUGACAGUUCUUGGAGGAGUCAGAAAUGUAAGGAAAAAAAAAAAUGUAAUUCGGAAAUGUAAAAAACACAAAAAUGUUCAAGACAAGAAACUGAAUAAAAUCGAACAUUUCUGAAAUCUCUGUUUUUGUGUUUCAGCUGCUGGACGUUUACGAUCUCCUGCCUUUCGAUAACCCUGACGGCGGCGCCUGGAAACAGGGAUUUGAGAUCAGUUACCAUGACAACGAGUGGGACCAACAGUCCCUGGAGGUGUUCCUGGUUCCUCACUCACACAAUGACCCAGGUGAGACGGUGGCAGAGGGCAUGUCCAGGUGAUCCUGAGCAGGGUACGAAUUAAUGAGACAAGUAACAACAAAUGUGAACAUGAGGCAAAGCAACUGAUUGGUUUCUGCUACAGAGCUCCGAAAUAUGGGAAGAGCCAAUCAAAGCUUAGAUCUUGGGAGUGACAUCUGGGCUAGCCAGUCAGAUUUGAAGAUGAGCCUGUUCCAGCUUUGACGAUGACAGUGUCAUCUUUAUAACUGAAUAUGUUUGUGUGUGUGUGUGUGUGUGUGUGUGUGUGUGUGUCAGGCUGGUUGAAGACCUUUGACAGUUAUUAUCAGGAUCAGACGAGACACAUUUUGGACAACAUGCUGAUCAAGCUGAGCGAGGACUCCAGGUGAAGCCCCGCCCCCUCUGUUUAAUAUUCGUAUUUUAACAUAUAGUCAACACAUAUAAGUGUGUGUGUGUGUGUUUGUGUGUGUGUGUGUGUGUGUGUGUGUGCUCAGGAGGAGGAUGAUCUGGGCGGAGAUUAGUUAUUUCUCUAAGUGGUGGGCGGAGCUUGAUGAUCAAAAAAGGCAGAUGGUCAAACGGUAAAUUCACACAUUUUCUUCUCAAAGGUGAAAGAGGAACGAAAAGUUUUUAUUUCGGUAAAACAGGAACUAAAAGCUUUUAUUUUGGUAAAACAGGAACUAAAAGCUUUUACUUUUUAACUCACACUCUCCUCUCAUGCUCUCCCUUCAUGCUGCUCUGUGAUUGGCCAGCCUGUUAAAGGCGGGGCAGCUGGAGCUGGUGACGGGUGGCUGGGUGAUGGCGGAUGAGGCGAACUCUCAUUACUUUGCUCUCCUCGAUCAGCUGAUGGAAGGACACCUCUGGAUGCAGCGACACCUGGGUGAGUGACUCUGCCCUCUCCUGUAUGACCCCAUACUACCCAUCAGCCCCUCUUCAGGUGUGACAUCACAGCUUUCCCCUUUCUGUCCAGGUGUGCAGCCGAGCAGUGGCUGGGCCAUUGAUCCCUUUGGCCACUCCCCCUCCAUGACCUACCUGCUGAAGGGGGCAGGGCUUCAAAAUAUGGUUAUCCAACGUGUUCACUAUGCUGUGAAAAAACACUUCGCCCGGCAACAGACGCUGGAGUUUCUAUGGCGACAGAGCUGGGGUAAGAGGAGAGGACAAAAUUUCAUGUAGACUUUUAUUUUGAAAAAACUGAAGUUAAAAACAUCACAGAAGAAGAAAGGAGCGAAGAAAUGAGUGAAAUUAAUUUAAAUAUAAAAAACUUAAUACAAAGAAACAACAGUCUGAAACAAACCGACCACGACAAUUUAAUCUGAGAGACUGAAGUCAGUUCAUGAUUAUUACGAUAACCACAAACAUCAUUGGGAAAACCUACAUUUAAACCCUGAACCCUGAAUCAUUCAAAUUGAUCUUUGGCUUAUAGUUACUCUAAAAUAAAAUUAAAAAAAUAAAAUAAAAUUUAAAAAAAUUGACCUUUACUUAGAAAAAUUAAGAAACAGUAAAAAAGAAUAAAGCCAACGUUAUUCAAAAUAAUCCAAACAGAUUUAAACACAGACAGAAACAACAAGCUUAAACGGGCAGUUUUUCUAAGGGGAUUUGGUGCUGUGCUCUACCACUCAAUCUAACCUUAGAUUUCCCAUCAUGAUAAAAACGCUGUGACACAACAAACCUGUCAUUUAACCUCGAAUGACAUCAGUGAACCCUGCUGUUAAGACGCUGUCUCGCCAUGCCGUGUUUGAGUGGAGUAACAGGAAGUGACCCUGUGACCCGCAUGUCUCUGGUUGGUGGAUUGAGCUCUCUAAGUGAGACUGGCGUUUUGUCAGGAUACGGUUUCAGCUCUGAGACUCCAAACCAAUCAUCACUAGCCAGAGAUCAAUAACUGCAUGGAUUAGGAUUUAAAAAUAAUUUAAUCUAACUCCGCCCACUCUCCUAUGUGUUUUAGACUCCUCCCCCCGCAGUGACAUUACCUGUCACAUGAUGCCUUUCUACAGCUAUGACGUGCCACAUACGUGUGGACCGAACCCCGCCGUCUGCUGUCAGUUUGAUUUCCACCGCCUGCCUGGGAGGCGGGUCGUCUGUCCAUGGAGGAUUUCGCCUCAGCCAAUCACAGAGCAGAACAUCAAAGAAAGGUAAACAGGGGGCGGGGCAAAGAGAGGUUAUAUUUCAUAUUCCUGUCAGCCGAGACCAGGACCCUGAGGUUCACACAGGCUCACCAGAACCGGACUCUCGAGAAACCUGGUUCUGAUGAGUCCGGGUUUCAGCUGGUGGAUCAGGAAGGAUCCGUGAGGACAAACAUCUCUGAGGAAGAUUUUCACACCUUAUUAAAGUUCUAAUACCAAGAAUUAAGACGGUUCUGAGGGGAUCCAACCCAGAACUAGUGAGGUGUACCUAAUAAAGUGGCCGGGGGUGUAAUCUCUAGAAGACAGACGCAUGAGAAUGAAGUGAUAAUUUGAUGAGAAUAAUGAGGUUGUAAAGUUCUCAUGAGAAUAAAGUUCUGGUUCUGGUCGUCUCAGGGCGCUCCUCCUCCUGGAUCAGUACCGUCAGAAGUCUCAUCUCUUCAGAUCGCCGGUCCUCCUGGUUCCGCUCGGUGACGACUUCCGCUUCGUAGAGUCCAGUGAGUGGGACGUUCAGUUCCAGAACUACCAGAAACUCUUCGACUACUUCGACCAGCAUCCUGAGCUGCACGUCAAGGUGAGCCGCACACACCUGGGAGGGGGCGGGGCCUGAAAGCAGGAUGACUUGGAGUCAGAGCGUCUUAGUUCAGACGUUUCUUCCUCUGUGGUGUCUGCAGAUGUAAUCAGUCCCUCUGUGGUUCCUGUCCUUCAGGCUCGGUUCGGGACUCUCUCCGAAUACUUCCGGACUCUUCAGGACCAUCUCAGCACCGCUGGGACCAAUCUGCCUACGCUGCGCGGCGACUUCUUUACCUACGCCGACCGUGAUGACCAUUACUGGAGCGGGUACUUCACGUCCCGCCCCUUUUACAAACGCCUGGACCGGAUCCUGGAGGCCACGCUAAGGUACUCCUUCACACGCACACCUGUGGGACACACGUGGGCGAUGGUGCUGUUACCGUGGUAACCACCAAGAAUCAGGCGGUUCAUCUCUGGUGUUUCUGACUGUUUAUUCUCUUUGUCACCUUCAGAGCGACUGAAGUCCUCUUCAGUCUCAUGCUGGCUGAAAUGCGGCAUUUUCAUGGCAACGGUCAACUGGCUGCUGAUUUCCCAGCUGUUGAUCACUUUCUGCAUCUGACAGCGGCCAGGCGAAACCUGGGUCUGUUCCAGCAUCACGAUGCCGUCACGGGUACCGCCCGCGACCCCGUCGUGGUGGACUAUGGCACCAGGUAGCAACUUCCUGUUAGCAUGCUAGCAUGUUAGCUUCAGUCAGGAGUGGAAUUUCGCACAUUAGCAGGUUAGCGUCUUUGUGGUCCUGAUGUCAGAAGGCGGGAACAGGAAACGCGGCGGCUACAGUCGGGGGGGGGGUUAAUUCUAGCAGCAUUGUAAUACUAUAAAAAUAUUACAAUAUUAUAAACAAAGAGCACACCUACAACAAACAGUUGUUUUGUUUAAGUAGACGUCUACAAAUCUCCUUUUUUUUUUUUUUACCUCUCCUAUUGACUUCAAUGUAUAAUCUAGCCAGAGUUUUUUACAACUUAAGUCGCUAAAAAUUUGUAAUCCUUCCUCCUUUGUUAGCGUUCAUUACGCUCACUGUGUUCACUACACUCACUGCGCUUCACCAUGUUAAGGGUUUAUUUCGACCCGUGGUUUUAAUCAGCAGCAAAUUUCACUAAAAACAAUAAUUUAUCCUCCAGUUUGGUUCUCCUCUCUCGGUUACCUUUUUCGGCUUCAUUAUCCAUAAAAAUAUUUAUUAUAAUAGUUUUUGUUGUGGUCCUCUGCUUCACAAAGACAUCUGUACUGAACUGAUCUCACAUGUCUGGACAUGCAGAGAAAAUGAGAAUUUCCUGAAUCUCGGAUCUGACUGUCAGUGCACUUAUAAUUUCAGUUUUUGCUCUAAUUAUUGACUUUUAAUCUAAACGGGUCGACAGUGACCCAAUCAAGACAAGCGGCAUAAUUUUAACCAGAGCAUUUUAUAAUUAACUUAAUUAAUAUUUUUAUUUUUGUUCUGUUGAAAUAGAGGUUUCUGACAAAGUCAAAAAGUCUUGAUGCAAAAAAAAAACAAUUUUAUGUGGUUCUCUUAUUCAUUUAAAACCAAAAACGGGCUGGUGCAGACCCGAACACAGGAGGAGGGAUACAACAGAGAAAAGUUAUGGCACACCGAUGCUGAUCAGAUCGAACAUUUUAAUUUGUCCUACAACUCUUUAAGCUGAGGGACAAAUUUGUCUGUAAGAGGAUGAAAAGAAAAUUGUCAGUUUAACGAUCGUGUUUCUGUUUGUAAUCUUUAUCCUAAUUAGAUUCAGGGACAAAGAGGUUAAAAAAAGGAAAAAAAAUAAGGAAAAAACAUGAAAGGAGGAAGAGGUAAAAGAGAAAAAUAUGGUUAUAGUGGAUUAUGAUGGAUGGAUUUAUCUUUACUGCUGUAACUCUUUAUUUUUUUGUUUUUCUGUUUCUGUUUUUUUUUUUUUUUUUUUUGUCAGUUUUUCAGUUUCAGUCACUGUUAGUGUCGUAACUCCCUGGUUGUCUUUAGCGUUAGCUUGUUUUGUCUCAUUUGUCCCUCCAUGCUCUCCUUUGGAGGACCAGGACCAGGAACAGACCAGGUACCAGGUCCCGCCUCACUUAGCUUUAGCACUAGCCUCUGCUGUAACUUUUCCUUUUAGUAGGGUCUGUUAACUUGAAAAAAUGGCCAAAUCGUUACGCGGUGGAUAAAAGCACAACAUUCGGAUCCAUUAAAUGCCUUUUCAAGGGGAAAAUCCAAAAUGGCCGCCAGAAAUGAACCAUAAUUCAUAAGAUGUGGUCUAAUUCUGAAAUUUUGGCUUAAUCUGCCAAUUAUAGAUUUUCAUUUAUAGUAAAUAGACCAAUAAUAAAGGAUUUGGCCAAAGCCACCCAAUAAAAUAUGUGUAAAAUAUGUUUUAAAGACCUUUAAACGAGAAUAAAUUGGCUUAAAAUGUACUCUGAAAGACAUGACUUUACACAUUAAUCCUUCUGUGAAUGAUAUAUUGUUGAUGCCAGAUACAAAAUUGUUUUUCAGAAAACUACUAGUAGGCCCUAUGAAUGAUUAUAUAUAGGUAAUAUAUUGUGACAACUUUAUAUGACCAUAGAUCCAGCACUCAUAUACUGUAUAGGCACAACUUAUUUUUAAGCCGAGACAUAGCAGGUGACUAGUGUAAAAAAUUAACCAACAGCUAUCACAAUUAAACUUCACAGAUGGUUACUUACAUUAAGACUAAGAUUUUUUGUAUUUUUUUCUGAAAUGAUAUGCUUGAAUAUGCAAAUUGGGCAAUAUAUGUACUAAUUUGCGUUCAUUUGAAUAUAUUUCAUAAAUAUGAAGUUUGGGUAAAAAAGCCACUUUAUAUAUUUUUUUAAAUCAUUGGAGCCAAGAAUAUGUGUAUAAACACUCAACAGAUGAUUACUUUAACUAAAUUAUAAAUAGUAUUGACUGUUGCUUGGGGACUGCGGAAGCGGACAGGUUCUCGUGCUUAAAAUGAAACAAUGUUGCAACUUUUUGUGGGAAAAGCAGGCUUUCCCGCGAUCUCUCUCUCUUUCUCUCUCUCUCUCUCUCUCUUUCUCUCUCUCUCCACACACACACGCACACACACACACACACACGCACACACACACACUUGGACUGCAGGAGCGGACAGGUUCUCGUGCUUAAAAUUAAACAAUGUUCUAACUUUUUGCGAGAAAGGCAGGCUUUUCCCAUGCCAGGAAUCAAAGACAUUUGCAUUACUGGAAAGAUACACCUGUGUUCUGUACGACAAGACAACUGACAUUGAAAAUGUCAAUGACCUAAGGAAGGACCUGUUUUCUAAGAAAUCUCUGUCAAUGGAAAACAUUCCUCCGACACAGGAUGCAUUGCUACAGCAUGCACAUCGAGCAGUUUAUCAGUCUAGGAUUUGGUUCAACAGCUUAAAGCUAUCCAGUCUCUACCAUCUUCUGACAAAUUUGGAUGGACCAAAGUCAAUGAUUUGUGGAGACCGCUAUGGACACGAUUGCCAGAGGCUGCCAAAGUUUGCAGAGAACUCCUUAAGUGUGGCUGCAAAGCUGAGCCCCUCUGUUCUCGGAAGUGUCGUGCCGGGAUGCUGGAUUACCUUGUACAGUUUUAUGCCAAUGUGCUGGUAAAUGUAAAUGAGUCACUUGGCAAAAAGAAAGAAUAAAAGACGAAAAGAGGGGAAAAAGACAAAACAACAGACAGACAGACAGACAGUAGCAUGCCCACUCAGGAUGGAUUGAGAUGGGUGGAGAGAUGGAGAGAUAUGAUGACAGACAGACAGACAGACAUGAAGAUGGAUGGAUGGAUGGAUGGAUGAUGGACGGAUGAUGGAUGGAUGGAUCCAGCCUCAAUGGGACACGAUUCAGAUAGAUAGAUAGAUAGAUAGAUAGAUAUGAAGAUGCAUAGACAUGAAGAUAGAUAAGAUACAUAGAUUAGAUAGAUAGAUUAGAUACAGUAGAUUAGUAGGUGGAUGGAUGGAUGGAUGGAUAAAUGAAUGCAGCCUCAGUGGGACACAAGCCAGUGUUCUACUUGUGCCGGUCCCAAGCCCAGGGAAAUGCAGAGCGUUGUAAUUCAAAUAGUUUUGUAUGCAUUUAUAGGGUUUUGAAAAAUAAUGCCUGCACCGUGAGCGUCAUCUCCCUUUCUUUCUGCCCCUUCAUUUGCAUCAUCUAUCAAUUUUAUCAAUAACUCACUUCCUGUUUCAGAUUAUUUUGGGCACCCUUUCUAGGGUGUUUAGGAUAACACAAGGUACGCAUGUGAGAUGUUAUAGUUUUAUGAGAUUCUUUAGAUGGCUUUUGAGUCAAUCAACAACACUGUAGGCCAUUUUCAAUUUAGUCAAUGACUCACUUCCUGUUUCAGAUUAUUUUGGGCACCCCUUCUAGGAUGUAUUAGGAUGACCCUAGGGACAUAUGUGCCAAAUAGUAUGCUUCUCUGAAAUUCAAUAGGCUAUUUGAAUCAAUCGGCAACACUUUAGGCGGCCAUUUUGAAUUUCGUCAAUAAUCCACUUCCUGUUUUUGGCCACUAUAUCUAGGAUGUCUCAGGAUGACCCAAGGGUCACGUGUGCCAAACUUUAUGAUUUUUGGACAUCCUUGAGGUGUUUUUUGAGUAAACUGUCACCUGUUUAGGCGGCCAUUUUGAAUUUUGUCAAUAACUCACUUCCUGUUUGACAUUUUUUUAGGCACCCCUUCUAGGAUGUUUUGGGAUGACCUAAGGGACAUAUGUGCCAAAUUUCAUGCUUUUAUCCACCGUGUAACGAUUUUUCACCCAACAGACCCUACUAUUUAGCAUUAGUAUUAGCGUCUAACAUCAGUUACCGUCUUUCAGUUUAUUUAAUUUAUGAUAUUUAACGAUGACGUUAAUCAGCUGAUUUUAUGUCUGAUUUUAGUUUAAUUAAAGUGUGAUUGUUUUUUUUAAUUUAAAUUAACUCUGUUUACAAAUGAAAAUAAUUAACUUUAAACUCGCUUAACAAACAAACUUCUUUUUUUCAGACUGUUUCACUCCAUCCUGAACCUGCGUCAGGUGCUGCAGAGCUCUGCCCACUGGCUCCUCCUAUCUGACAAGAGCCAGUACCACCACGACCAAUCAAAACCCUUCUUGCUCAUGGUGACCUCUGACCCCACCUAAUGAUUUUGUCCUGAAUUGUAUUUUUGAUAAUUAUUAAGUUAUUGAUUAUUUUUUAAUGACUCUGUAAUUAUAAUCAAAUGUUGUUUCACCAGGAUGACGUGAUUGCAGCUCACGACGCUUUGCCGCAGAAGACCCCGCUCACACUCAGUGACAAGCCAAGGUGAGGGGGCGGGGCUUACAUAUUUUCAUCAGUUUAUAUAAAAACUCUUUAAAAGUCUGUUGGAAAAAAAUGGAAUAACAAACACAUGUUUACAGGAAGUAGCAUCACAUUCGGACAUUUUUCGCUGUUCACGUGUAAAUCAUCAUUUACAUUUCUAAACUGAAACGCACAGUAAUAAAUAACGAUGUUGAUUUUGGUAAUUUUAGCAUUUUUAAUUUUUCAAUGGCAGACAUUUUAAAAGUUCAUAUUAACGUCUUUAUGUCAUUAUUUUUCUUCUCUACACGAAACGGUAAGCUUUAACAUGCUAACGUUAGCUUAGCCUGUCAGCUAACAGCGUGCUAAAGUUAGCUUAGCCUGUCAGCUAACAUCAUGCUAAUGUUAGCCUAGUCUGUCAGCUAAGAGCAUGCUUACGUUAGCUUAGUCUCUUUGUAACAUUAGCUUUGUCUUCUGAUUAUGUUAGCUUAUUCUGUCGGCCAUCUUUGUGUUUCCGUCAGUGUGAACCUACAUCAAACACUGAUGUUAGCAUGAAGCUAGCUUUGACCUGUAGACGUUUGUGUUUCCAUCAGACUGAACAAACAGCUGUUUCCUGUUUAUAAUGAAUGAGCUAUUAGCCAAAUGCUAACGCGCUAACAUACUAACAUGCUAAACUGCAAACAUCGUUAAAAAACCUGCCUGAGUGAUCUUUGCUUAGAUAAGCAUCUUAGCAUCGUCACUGUGAGUGUAGUAGCAUGAUGUUAGCAUGUUGCCAUGACAACACUUCCUGUUAAUUGCUGAGUAGUUAACCCAUUGUCGAUGAUGUCACCAGGUUGCUGGUCGUUUUUUACCCAACGCGCUGCUCCGAUCAUCGGUCAUUAGUGUCGUGGUCGACACCCUGGACGCUCUUGUUGUUGAUGCAGAAAUCGGUCGACCAACGUUAGCUUAUUCUGUCGGCCAUCUUUGUGUUUCCGUCAGUGUGAACCUACACUAACACUGAUGUUUGCAUGAAGCUAGCUUUGACCUGUAGAUGUUUGUGUUUCCGUCAGACUGAACAAACAGCUGUUUCCUGUUUAUAGUGAAUGAGCUAUUAGCCAAAUGCUAACGCGCUAUCAUACUAACAUGCUAAACUGCGAACAUCGUUAAAAAACCUGCCUGAGUGAUUUUUGCUUAGAUUAGCAUCUUAGCAUCGUCACUGUUAGCGUAGUAGCAUGAUGUUGGCAUGUUGCCAUGACAACACUUCCUGUUAGUUGCUGAGUAGCUAACCCGUUGUCGAUUGAUGUCACCAGGUUGCUGGUCGUUUUUAACCCGUCGGCGCAGCUCAGAUCAUCGGUCAUUAGUGUCGUGGUCGACACUCUGGACGCUCGUGUUGUUGAUGCAGAAACCGGUCGACCAAUGGCUGCGCAGAUCUCUGCUGUGUGGGAGGAGCCAAGCAGAGCAUCUUCAGAAGCUUUCCAGGUGAUCAGUGAUCAUCCAAUAAGAGCAGAGCUUCAGAGUGAGGUCACAGAAGGAUGUGGGACUUAUGAAUUUAUUCUCUUUCAGCUCGACUUCGUGGCUGAACUUCCUCCUCUUUCACUCGUCAUUUAUCAUGUGACCAAAGCUUCUGUUGGCUCCGCCCAUCGGGUUCAGUACACCAUCAGUCGUCAUGGCGACCCAUCAGCUGUUAAGUCUAAACACUUCCAAGUGUCUGAAGCUGAGGUCGACGCCCCCCUGUCACUAAGCAACAAACACAUCCAAAUAUGGAGUUCCUCAGAGAGCGGCCUGCUGCAGGUCAGUUUUCAAAAUAAAAGUCUGUCAAUGGAGACUGUGAGGUGAGUGAGUGUUGGAUUUUCAAAAUAAAAGUCUGUUAAUGAUAAUUGUGAGGUCAGUGAGUGUUGAUAUUUCAAUUUUAAAGUCUGUCAAUGAUGACUGUGAGGUCAAUGAGUGUUGGAUUUUCAAAAUAAAGUCUGUUAAUGAUGACUGUGAGGUCAAUGAGUGUUGAAUUGUUGAAGUAAACUUCUUUAACAAGAAAAAAAAAAACUUUUAUAUUGAAAUGCAGAAGCUCUGUCUGCUCCAGUCUGGUCUGGUUCAUAAAGUCCAGGUCCAGUUCCUGUGGUACGGGACCACAACCAAGCAGGACAAGAGUGGAGCGUACCUGUUCCUGCCAGGACCUGAGGAGGCUCAGGUGAGACCAGAACCCGAACCAAGUCUGCACCAGAACCUUCAGACCAGGACUAACUACCCUUACCCCCCCACAGCUCUAUUCGUCCUCUGAACCCCCACUGAUCCGGGUCACCAGGGGUCCUGUCUUCUCUGACAUCACUUCCCGUUUCAAACAUUUCACACACAGAGUCCGACUCUACCACCUGGAAGGUAAGAGAGAGAGUUGCCCUGAGUUCAGUCUGUCAGGCUGUCCUGACUUCAGGCUGCCCUGAGUUCAGUCUGUCAGGCUGCCUUCAUGAACUUUAAAUUUUAGGUGAGUACUGAGCAUUCUCAGUGACGUCUCUGUGACUCGGCCUUCUUACCUACAUUUCUCUAAAAUGUUUUUAAUUAAAUUUUUUUAAAAAUAACUAAAAGUUUCAAAAUAUUUUUUUUUUUUUAAAUUGUGUGUUCUGCCCCAGGGCAUGCUGGGAGAUCCCUGGAGAUUUCUAACAUUGUGGACAUAAGGUCAGAGGUCAACCGUGAGCUUGUUAUGCGGAUCACCAGUGAUGUUGCCAAUGGCAACCGCUUCUUCUCUGACCUUAACGGUUUUCAGGUUCAUUCACUGUCAAGUCAUGAUUGUUGAUAACGUUGUUUAUGAUUGGUCGGUUUAUUGGUUAUUGAUUGGUUAUCGGUGCAGAUGCAGCAGCGGCGGACUCUGGCAAAGCUCCCUCUGCAGGCGAACUUUUACCCAAUGACCUCGGCUGCGUUUGUUCAGGACUCGUCAUCUCGUCUGUCUCUGCUGGCGGCUCAGAGUCAGGCGGUGGCGUCCCUCAGACCAGGUGAGUCUGUUCACCUGCCGAGCGUUUUCUCCGUUAUCGAGUCGUCAUUACCUCAGAACCAAACUCGGUCCUUCACCUGUACAGGUGAGCUGGAGGUGGUGUUGGACCGGCGGCUGCAGCAGGACGAUAACCGCGGUCUGGGUCAGGGCGUCACUGACAACAAGCUGACCGCCAGUCUCUAUCAGCUGCUGUUGGAGGACAGAAGGGGUGGAGCUCAGGUGAGGGGGCAGGGCUUCAGACAUUUCUUGUUUGCCACCUGGCCAAAGACAACACAGGUGUGAUUCCCAUCAUUCAGGUGUGGGCGGGCUCAUGAGCGCCCCCUAACUAUGUUUAAAGGAACAGCCUCAUCCACCAGCCUCAGACUUACAUAAAUGUUCUGUGACAGGAAGUCCUUUAUUUUAAAAAAACCUGCUCUGGUCCAGGGUUCUUGGUGUAUUCUGGGGUUCUUUAAGGUUCUUCUCCUCCCGGGGUUUUCUGACCCGCUCCAAACUGAGCAGGGAAACAGACCACAGUGUCAUUUUCUGCUCCUCUAAUUUUACAGGAAGUGGGAGGGGCAUCAGUGGAACACCUGUCCCUGCUGGCGCACAUGACCUCGCUCUUCCUCUGCCAUCCACCGCACACCAUGGUUACCUCUAGCAACAGCCAGCUGCCAAGGCUACGCCCCUUCCUGCCGCUGCGCUCAUCUCUGCCGUGUGAUGUUCACCUGCUGAACCUCAGAACGCUGGAAGACACUCAGGUGAGGAAACGUCUGAACACUGUAGGCUGGUAGGGGAAGGCCCGCCUUCCUUCGCCUCUGAUUUGCUAGAAGUGCUGGGCUCUGAUUGGUUAUUCCUUAUGGCUGUGAAACCUCAUUGUCUGUUGGGUUAGGAGAUUCAGACCUGUGAUAAUGUUCUGUAAAGUUAUGUUCGAUGUACAGAGCCGACAGCCCGCACUCGGCUUGAGCGUGUGAUGACGUUUAACAGCCAAUCAGAGGCAAAGGAGGCCUUCCCCUACCAUCCUGCGAAAAAAAAAUCGCCUCCCUCAGACGUUGUUGGAGUCAGGCCAUUACACUUUGCCUGAAGCUAGGAUGAACCAAUGAGGAGAGACGAUAAGGCUGACGUAGGAAUUUUUGUAAAUCUCGCACAUAAACGACGAUGACAAACAUGUUAACCUCGUGAUUUCAAACUUUAACAUCAGUAGUUUGAACACCGAACUCAGGCCCGAACUACACGAAUGCGGAUAUAUUUCAAAUCGCACAUAUUUAUGUCCGAUUAGGCCUUCCUACCACACCAAAACGGGAGUUUGCAGCACUCAAACCGGAUAAAUCUGAAUCCGGAAAAACAAGUGGAGAAAUAAAAAAAUAUCCGUAUCCCGUAUCCGUAGUGGAUUCGUGUGGUUGGACUUUUACGGAUCGAUGACGUCAAACCGCAGCUCGUGCAUGCGAAUUAAAAAGAAAAACAACAACAACGAUGGCGGACAGACAGGGUAUUCUUUACAUUUAUUUUGCCCUUUUGGGGCUAAUUUGAGCCUUGCAAGUGAACCUUGUUUUAUACAAUUACAUCCACCAGUCAGCCAGCUCACAGACGCAUCUGCUGCGGCCAAUACUUUUAUUGGUCACAUGGUCCGUCACAUGGACCCGACGCACUAGCGGAGCUUCUGCAAACAAUGCAUGACGCAUCACGCUGUUAUGAUUCAUCGGCCAAUCAGUUAGCUUUGUUCCUGAAUUUUUUUUAAGCGGCACCAGAUAGGAUUGAGUUUGAAGGCUACGUGUGGACGCAGAUAUUUUUGAGAACUAACACGUGUGGACAGAUACAUUUAUUUAGACGGGAGUACAAAAAUAUCCUGAUAAAUAAAUAUCCAUAUACGUGUAGUUUGGGCCUUAGUUACUUUUAGUUUUUGUUGUAAAUGUGAAAAAGCAUGAACCCCCAACGGUUGUCGGGGGUUCAUGCUUUGAACGGGGUUGACGGUUCAGACAGAAUCACUAACAGCUAUAUUUUUUUGUCUGUUUUGUUUUGUUUGUUUUGUUUGUUUGUUUGUUUGUGUUUAACAGGAAGCUGACACUCCCUCACAGGAAGUUGCCCUGCUUCUCCACAGAAAAGGGUUUGAUUGUAGCUCUGCCCCCCAACCAUCGUUGCCGUGCACAUGGAGUCCAAACGAGGAGGUUCUUUAUUAUUAUUAUUUAUAAAUAUCUAUAUUAUAUUAUUAUUUUAGGAGUUUAAACCAGUUUGAUCUUUUUUUCAGUUUGUUUUGAUUCAUUAAUUUGUGUUUUUACUCAUUUUUAUUUGUUUCUUUUUUUUUUCAGGUGGACAUGGAUGAUCUUUUCUCUCCUCUCCAGUUUCGUUCACUCCGUCGCUCUGGUCUUACUCUGUUGCGAGAACACGAUGAACCAGAAUCUGCCUGGCAACAGCAGCAAUCACGCAUCACCCAGCUUCGGCCAAUGGAAAUCAGUGCUUUUCGAGCGGUGAUAGAAUGAAGAACAGAUUUUAAAACGAAUUUAUCAAAAAUUUUGUCACAAACAGUAAAUAUAAAAACUCAAAAAGGAUAAGAGAAGCAGCCAAUCAGAGAGACCCUUCAGGGAAAAAAAACAACCUCUGUGAGAAGAAAAGAAAGACAAAAAAGGAGGAAAAAUGAGAAAAAAUGAGUGUUGAAAAAUGUUCAAAGUGGGGAAGAGCAGAGAAAAAAUGAGCCGACAAUUCAGAGUGAGAUUGUGAGACAGAAAAGAUUUCAACUGUUACAGAAAAACAAACAAAACAAUAAAAAACAAACAAACAAAAACAAUCAAUAAAAACAAACAAAUCAAUAAAACAAACAAACAAUGAAACAAUCAAUUAACAAACUUAGAAUAAAAACAAACAAACCCAUCAGAUUAAAAAGAGGUUAAUAUCUGCUGUUUGAACCUGUUUAAUUUUAUUCGGUUUAAAAUUAUUUUUUAAUAUGACACCUGUUCAGGUGGUCAGGCUCUAAGGUCAGCUACACAUGUCAUUAAGAAAAGGUCAGUACAUUCAAGGUCAAAGGUCACAGACAGAAAUAACAUGGAGAGGUCAGGUUUCUAUGGCAGCAAAGGGACCAAAUGAUUGUGUGUGUGUGUGUGUGUGUGUUUCCAUGGUGACAUCGGUGUGCGUAUCAAAGUCUGUUCCUGCUGAUUGGUCGUUUGUGUUUAUUACGAGUGUUGCAUUAUGGGUAAUCUGUAGAUCAGCUGUAAUUUGUUUAAAUUAUUGAUUUUUUUUGACUUAGUGUUGUGGGUGGAGCUGCAGCUGUUUGUGUAUGUGUUUGUGUGUAUUUUAUAAAUGCACAUACAUUGGUGUGUCUGCGCUGAACGAUAAUUUCACUGUAAAAAAAAAAAGGGAAAACUUUUAAAUCUUUUGUGUUUUAUUUUGUAAUUAAAUGAUUAGCUGUUCUAAGUUUAUUAAAGAAAAGUUUAAAUUUCUUUUUUUUUAAAUCAAAUAAAUUAUUUUUUAAUCGUUCUUUA